AUGGUUUUCGUUACAUCUAUGAUGUUUCUUGCUUUUCACAUGAUUUUUGCCGAGGAAAAGCAUGUUGGUUAUCCAUGCCCUACAGCCGAUGUUACUAUUGGAAAAUUUAAAGCCAUUCCUUUCCACUACUUAUGGGCAGAGAAAGUGACAUCGUCCGUGGUAAAUGAUGAACUGGAGUGCACUUUCCUUUGUAUUGGUGAACUAAAGUGUUAUUCGUUUAAUAUAGCUGUGUAUCCUGACUCUGACGGUCUUUAUCUCUGUGAGUUGUUGGCCACAGAUAAGUACAGAGAAACUGAGAAAUUUUCCGUCAACUCUACCUUUCAUUACUAUUUCCCAAGGUCUUGUGAAGGCGCUCCUUGCAAGAACGGUGCUGUCUGUGUUCCUGAAUAUAAAAGGAACACCUAUCACUGUGAAUGCAAGCCAGGAUACGUUGGAACUAUCUGCGAACAAAGAGGAAAGACAUGCAGUGACAUCAAAUCUCACAGCUCACGUGCCGCUAGUGGUUCUUACGUAAUAGACCCCGAUGGAGAAGGUGGCUACGAACCUUUUACUGUGUUCUGUGAUAUGACGGAUAAAAAUAGAGUUGGCGUGACAGUUGUUGGUCACGAUAGCGAGGAAAGAAUGCUAGUUGAUGGAUAUGAUGACGAAGGGAGUUAUGUUCGCCGCGUUCAUUACACUGGAGCUGGGCUGUCAAGUGUUGCACAAUUAGCUGGCCUGCCUGUUGCCUCUACCCAUUGUGAGCAGUUUAUUAAGUACGAAUGCUAUGGAUCACUUCUGUUGCUCGAUGGAUUUGCUUGGUGGCAUUCACGUAAUGAUGAAGCCAUGAAGUAUUGGGGAGGAGUUGCAUCAUCUAACAUCAAUAAGUGCGCAUGCGGAUUGAACGGGUCAUGCGCAAAUCCAAAUCUGGGAUGUAAUUGUGAUGCCAAUGAUGGCGUGUGGAGAGUGGAUAGUGGCUUACUGACUGAUAAGUCUGACCUUCCUGUGUUGCAACUGAAGUUUGGAGACACUGGUUUUGAUGGGGCUGGAAGAGAUGAAAAGGGGUAUCACACUCUUGGAAAGUUUAAGUGCUAUGGCAUUGCUUAA